AUGGAUGAAGUAUUUAAGCCUGACACAAUCGACGUUCAAGUUGAUGAUUUUGUAAAAACCAAAUCAGUUUCAAGAUGCAAAGAUGAAUUCCUUAAUGUUCUUUGUGAAGACAGUGAUGACAAACCAGUGGAAGGUGAAGGAGAAAAUGCUCGAGUAGAACUAGAUGAUGAGGAAAACACUGACGAAUCUAGUGAUGAAGAUGAAAUCAUAUACUCCAUCCAUAAUCCGAAGGUCAAAUGGAAUGUGAUGAAACCGGUUAUUGGAGAAAGGUAUGAAUCUAGACACGAACUGAAAUUAUGUUUAACAAAUUAUUCCAUCUAUAAGGGCUAUAAAAUUCGUUUCAAGAAAUGUGAUAGUAUUAGACUAGUGGCUGUGUGUGCUAGUGAUCCAGAAAAAUGCCCUUUAAGUUGA